ACUGGGGUUAAAAACGUACUCCAAAUCACCAUGGCUACACUCCGGGCGUUGCGGAAACUAUGCCGGCAUUUUCAUCAUCAGGCAUGUAGUUUUCAUUUGUCAUCUUCAAGACAAGAUGCUGUGAUCAUCUCGGGCAGAAAACUGGCCCGUCAGAUCCGUAACGAGGCGCGUGCCGACGUGGAGGAGUGGGUGUCCGCGGGGAACCGAAGACCUCACCUGAGCGUAGUGUUGGUGGGAGACAAUCCAGCCAGUCACUCGUACGUUCUCAACAAGACCCGCGCAGCAGCAGAAGUGGGCAUUAGCAGCGAGACCAUCUUGAAGCCUUCGAGUAUCAGUGAGGAGGAGCUGCUCGACCUCAUCAAGAAACUCAACUCUGAUCACAGAGUCGACGGUCUGUUGGUGCAGCUUCCGCUUCCUGAUCACAUUGACGAGCGACUGGUGUGUAAUGCCGUCUGCCCAGGAAAAGAUGUUGAUGGUUUCCAUGUGGUCAAUGUUGGUCGCAUGUGCCUGGAUCAGACCACUAUGUUGCCGGCCACUCCCUGGGGAGUUUGGGAGAUUAUAAAACGGACAGGCAUAGAGACGCUGGGUAAGAACGUGUUGGUGGCCGGUCGCUCCAAGAACGUAGGAAUGCCCAUCGCAAUGCUGUUGCACACAGACGGAAAACACGAACGGCCCGGAGGUGAUGCCACAGUGACCAUCUCCCACCGGUACACUCCCAAAGAACAGCUCCGUCAGCACACAAAAAUCGCGGACAUCGUUGUUGCUGCUGCGGGUAUUCCUAACCUCAUCACUGCUGAUAUGAUAAAGGAGGGCGCCGCUGUUAUAGAUGUUGGGAUCAACAGAAUAUUGGACCCCUUGACUGGGAAAAACAGACUUGUUGGUGAUGUGGACUUUGAAGGUGUUCGAAAGAAGGCCAGCUUCAUCACUCCAGUUCCAGGCGGUGUUGGACCAAUGACUGUAGCCAUGCUGAUGAAAAACACCAUCAAGGCAGCUAAAAAUGUGAUUUUAACCCCCCCUCAGCGUGUGCGGAUGGUAGCGUCCUCAUAACGCGCUCCGUCUCGGCUCGCUUCACAUUCCACACUCCACCUUUAUUUUGAGGAUCUCCAAGUGGAAAGGCAAUUUCUUUAAAUGCUAUUUUUAUUUAGAUAAACAUAUAUAUAUUCAAGGGUUUGAGAAAACGAAUGUGCUUUUUCAUUCAGAUAUUUUAAACAAAAUAUAUAUUUAGUGUUUUUUUGGUUGUUUUUUUUGUUACAUCGCCAAGCAUUAGACACGUGUGAACUUUUGUUCAUGCACUAGGGCUGCAGGAUAUUGAAGAAAAAUGCGAUAACUUUUUUAAGCAAAUAAUGUGCUAUGUGAGUGUGUAAAAUAAACUUAAAUUAUAUAUCCUACAAAGGUUUUUCACAUUCUUUUUUUUGACAAGAAAACAUCCCUUCAACUUCUGAAAGCAUAAGAAGUGUUAUUUUAACAUCGGUGCGUUUCAGGAAGGCCUACAUUAGGGUUAUUUGAAUAAUCAAAUGUAGAAAUACAUUUCACUGUAUGAAUUAAAUCUAUAUUGAUUCGUAUUUAAGCUACAAAAGUUAUUCAGCAAACUUGUUCAUGACCCGUUAUUGCACAUUAUUGCGAUAUAUACAUUUGUGAUAUUUCGAUAUAUUGUGCAGCCCUAUUAUGUUUUGUUCUGUUACAGUUUUGCAUUUUUUCAGCAUUUUGUAUGUUUAAGUAUUAAAAUAGGAUAUUGCCAGAUGUUUUGAAGCAUAUUUAUUCAUGAGAAACACUGUUUCUAGUGCAACUGCAGUCAGUGUCGUUGCAUUUACCUUCAGAUGUGAGUGUGUGUGGAAAGAGUCACAUGGCUAAUUCUGGUCAAUAGUGAGUCAGCAUGAAAGAUAUCUGACCAAAUGACCUUUGCAAUGACGGUCUAGGGAAUAUUUGUGAUUGAAUUGACUGACCCAUCACUACUUUAUUUUAUUUAUAUCCUCCUAUCGAGAGAAAAAUCUUGGCAGGUUGGUGCUUUUUUUUCUUUUCUUUUUAGUUGUAUGUUCCGAUGUCUUACUGAAAUCUGUUACUAACGUGUAAUGCCUUCCAGACAUGAAAUUAAAAGCGUAAUAUGCAACCUUA